AUGGCGGAAGGUAAUAAUACCAAAGAAUCGUUAAAUGAUGUCGAUCAAGUCCCACAAAAUAAUAAUAUUGGCUAUUAUGUUGACAAGGCAAAUGUAUCGCUGUCGGACGACCAGACUGCAAAUGAGGAGCAUUUAAAAUUUGCCAACUCUGCAGACGGAAUCGAAAAAAAUACCAAGGAAUUGGUUGAUAAAGGGGGCGAAAUUGGGGCGAAUAAUAUUAAAAAUGCUGAAGUUGCACACAGUAAAGAGAAGGAAGAAUCAGGCCUGACAGCUAAAAUACCAGGUGAUGGCAACGAAAACAAUGGAGAGAGUAUUGGAGAGAGUAUUGGCCGUGAUAUAAAAUCCGAUAACGCCAGUUCAAACGAAGGAUCAAGUGAAUCUUCAUCCCAGGCAAAGUCGAUCAGUCCGCGGAAAGUAAAGAGAAGAGGAAUUUUCGUGUCGUAUGCCCCAGGAGCGAGUUUUAUCGAGAAGCGCUUUAUUUCCUAUACGGUUAAGGAAUUAAAAAAUAUAGGAUUUUGCGAUGAUAUUUGGUUCGACAAAGAUGAGGGAGAGCCAAUCGAGAGUCCAUUCUGUUUUCAACAGAGACUAGAAGUUGCCGAAAAAUGUCGAGCAUCGAUCAUGUUUUUGUCUGAGUCGUACUUCAGUUCCAGAGUUUGUCGUCAUGAGGGACAGAUCUUGCUUAAUCGGGACGAAGAUCGAGAAAGUGCUGACGGAAAAGCUGAACUUGAGAAGCCAGCAAAAUUGUUCUGUAUCAACUAUAGCCGCGGGAAGCUUCCUAAAGAGUACAAGCAGAUGGAGGAACGUGCCCUGGAUUUGAGCUCUUAUGCUGCAUCGAGUGUGGCUGAGCUUUCAUCCAUCGUUGUGGGAACUUUCAGUGAAGAACUCGAGAAAUAUGCUCCUCUGUUUGGUUUGCGCGUUCCCACGCCUCCCCGUGCACCAGACGUUUUAAAAGUUGAUCGACAAAAACCUGUAUCCUCGUGGAAUGCAUCUGAUGUUCUUGGUUGGUUGACCUCUCUGAAAAUGCAAGCGUACUGCUCCCUGAGUUUUGAAGAGAACGAAAUUGACGGCUUUUUGUUGGUUUCUAUGAGUGAAACCGACAUGGAAAUCCAUUUGAAUGUUGACAGUCGCGUGGCACGUCGAAAGCUGUCGCAACAAGUAAAGAGAAUCCAAGAAGAUCAAGCACAGAGCAAAGACAACUGGUAUCUAAAGUGUCAAAAAAGCAAAGCGAAGGAAGACUUCGUCUACGUUAUUUGCGAUCCAAAUGAUGUACGGUUUUAUUACAACCUACGAGCGGAUUUGCUCCAGAAAAACCUACAGGUAUAAAUAUCUGUUACGGUCACGCUAUUGUGUUUAAAAUUAACAAAUUAUCAUGUCAAUUAGUUUUUGCAUUUAAAAAUAAUCCCGGAUGACCAAUAUCGCUACCUCAGCUCAUUAGACUGAUUGAAUUAUUAUUUUCAGUCGAUCGCUAAAUUAAAUUUAUUUUAAUUUGACUUGUUUGAUGUACCAUAAUCCUCGGGCAAAUACAGUUAAACCUCUAUAUCAAGCGGACACUUUCGACGGAGGUUGUAAAAAUUGCGCAAUGUUUGUUAACGAUCAACAUUCAACGGUUACUCUGUACUGUGAUAAAGUUACAUGUUGUUACAGAAGCUAUCCAGAGUUCAAAUUCAUUACCUUUCAUUACCAACUUUAAUUUGUUUGUAAAUGCAAAAACAUUACUGACUUCAGUACGUAUUUCAAGGACGUAAUCCAAUACUACUAUUGUCAUUUCAGUCCGAUGUCCGCUUAGCAGAGGUUUUUAUCAAUAGAAAUGAGCCAAAUACAACUUAUUUUAGUGUUCGCGUCCACCUAAUAGAGGUGUCCGCUGAAUAGUAGUCUGCUACACAGCCGUUUUUGGUGUCGUCACGCAACGCUCCUCCCCACUAACACACUGGGGAGGAGCGUUGCGUGACGACACUAAAAACGGCCGUGUAGCAGCCUAGCUGAAUAGGGGUUCGUUAUAAAGGAAAAUGUAAGACGUUAAUUUCGGAACCCGGCCUAAUGUCCGCUUAAUAGAGGGUGUCCGCUUAAUAGAGGUUUCACUGUAAUGCAAUUAACAUAUCGGCAUGUGAUGUAAGGCAAGUGAUUUUAAUUGACACAAUGAUGUAACGCCUACCAAGUUAAAAAACGAAAAUUGAAAAUCAACCACUAUCAGAGAGAAAAGUCAAACACAUGCUUUUGCAUUUUGAGUGCGAAACUGUUCAAUGAAAAUAUCUGAUAUAAAUUUGAAUCCCAUUUUCCCAUGCCAUCGCAAAACGGUUGCCACUAAGGUACACGCAUUUUUACAAGUUUCUUUGGUCACGUGUGACGUGUAAACUGUGAAUUCUGAGUGGCUUGUAGCCGUGAUUCUGUGAGCAAAACAAUUUGUGAUGUUUUUUUUUUAAAUCGAGGAACGAGAACUAAGAGAAUCACGAAUUGCUACUUCCUAAAUGUUGCCCUUUGUACACGUUUUGUUCAGUGUGAACGGUGGCAAGGGUCAUUGUGCAAACCUCACGCGGUACUUUCUGUGACACAUACAUGUAUACAGGUACCUUUCUGCUGAGUAUGACUUAAAACAUGCUAUUGCAAGCCUUUCUCAAAAUGUUAUAUAAAAAAACUGGAAGCUUUGAGACCCAGGGGCAGUGUAGUCUGCUCCACGGCCGUUCUUUGUGUCGUCACGCAACGCUCCUCGUUGCAUGACGACCCAAAGAACAGACGGCUCUUCCGCCCGUGCUUGAAAACUUUCGUCGCGCCUUUUUUCCCGACCGGGCUGACUGCCCCUGAUUCUCCGAGGAUGGAAAUUUGUUACAAGAUUGAUUUGUAUCUUCCGAACUCAUUGCAGUCCAGGAAGUUAUUUAACAGUUUAAUUUAAAACAUGUGGCUGAACUUUCAGCCUCAAAUUAGUUGAACUUAUCAUUGUGUUGAUUGGUUUUAUUUCCCAAAGAGAAUCGUACAAAUUAGGAUGAUAAAAGUGGUUGUAUUACUCAACCUCAGGCCCGAAGUAAAAGCCCUGGGAAUGAGUUCUUCUGCCGCGUUUUUUUUGGUCGACAAGAUUUGCUGACCGUGAUCACUUCCGUUGGCUUUUUUUAUUUUCUUUUUCACUCUUCGCCACGUUAAAGGCGGACUUCUAUAAAGGGAUUUAGUCUCCGUCUACACGUAUCCGUUUUGUUUAGAAAACGGAUAUUUUUUUCCCCUUCGCUUUGGCCAACUUCGUCCCCAGGGCUUUUCCCUUAAGAAAUGGGUUGGGCGGGAAAAGGCCCUGGCAUCGGCUGGUCACGUGUCCCCUCGUACACCCUAAAAUCCUGGGUGUAAUAAAUUAGCGCUAUGUGAAAAGCUAAAAUUAUGCGUAACCUCACAGCGCGCGAUCUUGGGCGACCUUUUAUAUCUCUUGACGAUUAACGAAAAGUUUUACAAGAUUUCCUUUUCGUCACAGAUACUGGCUAUGGUAUUUUUUUGCUUUCCUCCGAUUUCUAUGAAGGGGACAGCGAGUAACACUUAUAACAACGUUUAUAGAGCGAUAUAAGUACAUAUAAAUGACAAACAAGCUAUCGUACAGGCAUAAAGUUUGUACUGGAAAAGUUCGUUUUCGCGACUCUUCUGAUAUUUUAUUUCAUUUCUCGCGAAGUGGACCGCCGUACACAGUCUAGUUCUAUUUACCUUAACUCUCAGCCAUAUCAUAGCGACACGCGUUGGUUUAGACUUAUCUUGUAUGACCUGUAUUUUUAAAAAAUGGAUUGACCUCUGCGAUCAAACAACUGGCAACAAAGAAAAACUUGGGUCCAUUUAAAAUUCACAGAGCUGCAGUUGAUUCCAGUCGAUCGGUCAAUCUUCUCUUUGAUAUAAGGAAAAUCCUUUGUACUUAUCCUCGGAAGAGAAAAGAUAUAUAAGAGGUCUUCAAAUGUUUCAGAUCGGCGACCUGUCAUCGUUCCUGGCUGGAGGGCUGACUUGCAUCCGGUGUGGAGAUUUGUUUGUUUCAUGGUCGGGUUGUAGAGAAGACCAGACUCCAUAGUCUCCAUAAAGCAUUUUGAUGAACAAUUUUGUUUCUAUUACGGUUCAAUUUGUUAAAUUCACUGCAGAUCCUGGUGGCAAAGGCCCGCAUUUUUGUUUGACAUGGACAAAAUCACUCUCCGCUUGAUUGUACAGUAAUUCCACAGUCACGAUGAAUUUCUGAAGUACCACUCGCGAUAACAGCUUGUCUCAACUCUGAAGUAUUUGACAUAUUUUGUACCUGAUACCGUAGAGCUUUGUAGCAUUUGAAUAAUAAGCAAAUAAAUGGAUCUUAAGCUUUUGAACUGCGCACACACACGAAAAUAUUAACAUGGUUCGCAAUGUUAUUAUUUUCCAUUGUUGCUCCGUUCGACUUCUGUCAGCGCAAAGCCAGCGGGUUGCAUAUAAAUUAGCUUCUCAGGAAUAUUUAGGCUGUACACGUGACCAGCCGAUGCCAGGGCCUUUUCCUGCCCAACCCAUUUCUUAAGGGAAAAGCCCUGGGGACGAGGUUGCGCUUUGGCCUUCCGUCCACACGUAUCCGCUGAAAACGGUUGCCGAAAACGCAUCUUUUCAAAAACGCUUCCCAGAGUAGAGAUUCAGCAUGUGUUCUGUAAACAUCAGUUUGCGGACGUUAAUUCUAGAAUAGAUUUAAAAUCUCGCUUCUUUCUUACAGGUAUUUAAACACGAACGACUUGGCCAGUCAAGAGAGGAGUUCCUACAGCUCAACUCUGCACACCUCGCUAGCUGCAGUCACGUGAUCGUUCUCUUAUCUAACUCAGCUGCCACGUCGCUGUUUGUAUACAAUGAGGUUCUGUUUGCUGAUUGGUUGGGUAAGCCUUUGGUGGUUGCCAUGGCAGCCAACGCGUGGGAAAAACUUCGUCCCAACAUGCAGGCGAUUCUGGGAAGCUGCCCAGCGGUGGAUUUCGAGAACAGGGCGUAUGAAGAGAGUAUGGACAUUCUUUUGUAUCACCUAAAGCCCUUUCGCAAUAUGCCGGCUGUCAUCUUGGAGCAAGAGUUUUUGGAUCGUAUGGUAGAAGGUCUCAAACCCUUAAGAACGCUUGCUGUUCUCCCCGGUAAGCAUAUUGAAUUUAAAAACAAAAUCCUUGACGCAGGAGAAAAGCCUCAGCACUUUUAUCUUUUUUAACAUAUUUCAGUUACGUUAAGAUUCUCCCUAGGAAGGGGCAGCCGGGUUGCAUCGCAGUUGCGUCAGCCUUGUUAUCACAAAGGACUUCGGUAGAAGCGAGGUCAACUAGUUCUCUUAUGAUGGGUAGCUGCUAAGCAUUCAGUUUGGUGUUCCUGUGGUAACGAAAUAUUUUUUUUAUAUUCUCCAAAUCAUCGAUAAACUACAACUCAUGCUUUAUACAAGCAUAUUCUAUUAUCAGUCCUAUUAGAUGAAAAAAAACGUGCGCAUCAAUAAUGUUUUUAAAAUAAACAAUGUAACUGGUUAUUUAAACCUGCUGUUGUUGAUUCAUAGAAUAAAGUAGCCGUGCAUCUUCAAAUAAUUACUGGCAACCUUGCCAGCAUCAGAUUGGGUGGAGUUGACUUUAUUCUUAAUAACUUAAAGGACCUGUGUUAGGAUAUUUAUCAAAAUUCAAACAGUGAAAGCCGCCACCAAAUUGAGUAUGAUUAAAAACGUUGGUUCGAAACAUUAAUAGAGCUGAAGGUAUAAAUAACCGAACAAAUACAAUAGAACGCACGGAUGGAAAAACUUGUAGCAUAGAGGAUUUAAACGGAUUGCAAUUUGGUUUUUGAAAACUUGAGCGCUUUCAAUUCAUCAAAAUUCCGGUUUGAAAUUUUGGAAAUUCUACGUGCCAAAUGGAACGGUACAUUCCGGUUGCACAGACUCGACCCAAGCCACCGCGCAGUUGCUUAUUGUUCUUGCAAACAGGAUACAAACGAGCGGAACAAUUUUGUCCAAUGGAAAGGAACAUUUCAGUCCGACCGACCGAAAUGAGUUGUCCGGUCAAAGUGGGUCACCUUCAGUAGUGGUCCCAAAUAUUCCGCCCAGUAGAAGCGAACCGAAAGUGGUCCUUUCCAUUUGAUUUUUAACCGAAAUUUUCGGACUUUUUGGGCUGAAUGGAAAUAAAGCGCCCCUUAUUACCCUAACAGCUUUUCAAAGUUCAUUUUUGUUUUUUGUAACGUUACGUUAGAUAUAAGCUUUAGGUGAUAUUUGUUUGAUACGAAGCUAUGAUUUUGUCUUGUCAUCUGCAAGUAAAUUCCUCGUUAACCUGACGUUAAGUUCCUUAGCGACUAAAGACGCGUUUUUGUAUUAUUAGGGACCUUACGAUCCGACAACGGUGACGUCCAUUACAAGGUCGCUGAAAAAUAGACUCCGCAUCCUUUCAAACCAUUUCGUUCUUAUCCCAAGUCACCCAGUUACUACGUAAAAAGAAGGGAAUUUAUGUUGGAGCUGAAGAAAGGGGACCGCACCCGAGUUCAGAAAGAGAUGGUAGAAUUUAUCACCUUGCCGUUCCCGUACUCAAGUAAACUUAAAAUUUGGUCAUUUCACGUCGUAGUCGUGCAGAAAUGGCAAAGAAAUGUACAAAAAAUCGUGAUGCACGUGCAGAGUUAUUGUUUUGCUAACUAAAAUCUAUUGCUUUUUGACGUUGCCGUCGCCGUCGCCGUCGCCGUCGUAGUUUCAUAAGGUUCCUAUUAUAUUAACCCAAUGAACUUGUCAGACGUUGACACAACCCCUUUAACUGACGAUAUUGCCUUUCUUGCCAUCGUUCAGAUAAUAUCAGCGCCGGGAAUGAAGAAAUCUACCCACGGCCUAACCUGUUUUUCAGUUAUCACUGGGAUGUUCAAAGCAAAGUACAGAUUUUGGUUCAGUACCUGGAAAGCCACGGAUUCCAGUGCUGGACAGACGUCAGUAACGGAAACAAACGUCACGCAACAAGUCCCUCCCCUAAACAUGGUGACACUUUGCAGACUCAGAUUCAACGGAAUAUUAAAGCCGCUGCCGCAGUUGUGUGUUGUGUGACACCUAAAUACGUUUGUUCAGAGAACUGUACAAAGGAUCUCAGUAUAGCUGAGUCACUGAACAAGCCUGUCGUUCCCGUGAUGCUUCAGUGGCUGGCAUGGCCUCCUGAAGGAGGAAGGGCGCGCCGGAUUUUGGCGCCGUUGUCGUGUAUCGACAUGAGCAAUGACAACCUAUUUAAGAGAAACCUCAGCACUGUUGAAGCACACCUGAAAAAACUCGCAGGAAAAACAAAGUCCACGUGA